CGUUUCGAGUGCGAUAGAGUUCGGAGGGAGUUGGGCGACAGUUCGCACCAGUUCGCAGGUAAACGUCGAAGGUGUCGCGUCACGGAAAGAGAUGGAGCGCGAAUACCCGUGUCGAAAAUGAACGAUACGUAAAAUACCGAGUGAGUAACAUUGUCGUGUCCGCGAAUUUUAGGCAGCUGUGAAGAAUAAUAUUUUUUAUACUUCGUAACGUUAAAAUGUUAUAAAAAAAAAAGUGGUGCAUAUUCCAAAGUGUCAACAGUGUUCGUGACGAACGGAGAAAAGUAAGAAAAGAUGAAAUAGUUCAUAAGAAAAAAGACCCACACCCAAACACAAAACAAAAGAACAACGUAAAGAGACGUAAAAUGUUACGGAAGGUUUUUAUCGGCGCGUAACAAAAAAAAAAAACAAACAAACGACAAACCGCGGGACUGACUGCCUAUCUCUUCUUAAUUUUAAAGCCGAUAAUGCAAAAAGAUAUAUUGAUUAAUACGCCGUUCAAUCACACAGGGUGCUGACGGUUGAGGAGGAGUUCAGAAAUAAAAGUGAAAAGUGUCAAAGUAAAUGUGAUCGUGAUUUAAAACACCGUGACGUAACUUGUGGAAAAACAACAGAGAAAGAAACUACAGGAGUUUAUAACAGAGCUCGUGCAGCGCAAUGACGGACCUAUUGAUCGGGAUAGCGGGCAGCGCUUUCGUUUGCCCUGGAAGUAAUCACGGGAAUGGCGAGGUGGUUUACAGGAACGGCGGCAGCGGCGGCGGCGGCGGCGGCGGCGGCGGGAGCGGUGGAAGCGCCUUCAGAAACUCGGAGAUGCGACAUUCUCGCAGCGAGGAUCUCCUCGGCUCCGGACGCCCCCUCAGCCCCAUGCUCGCCGCCGCCUCGGAGGACGACCUGGUCGCAUCCACCGCUCUCCACGAAUGCUCGAGCCCCCCGUCAACGCCGGGAUGUUACCGAACCCCCGGUCCUCCCGGCGUUCUAGCCGAUCGCGUUGACCCCGAAGAUUCCAUCCGUGAUAUCGUCACCGAAAACGAUUUGUACAGAUUCGUCCUCUUCAAACGUCACUACGACAAGUACGUCGCUCUGGCCGCAAGGUACGAGGAGGCAAGAGGGGUAGCCUACUACUUGGAAGAGCGUUACCACGAGGUCAAGGCUGAAAAGGACAAGCUAGAGGCCCGUCGAAUUGCUCUGGAGAAAAGGCUCGAGGGAUGCGAAUCGGAGCUGCGCGAAAAGGAGGAGGAGCUCUUCCUUCAGCUGGAGCGAAGCCUUCGGCUCGACGACGAGGUCGAACGCAUCCGGAACGACCGGGACGCCUGCGUCGCGGCGCGUGACCGACUAGAGGAAGAACGAGCCGCGGCACUGCGCCAACUCAAACUCCAAGACUCGCAGAGCGAGGCGACCAGGCGGACCCUCGAAAGAGCUCGCCAGGAUGUCAUAAAGCAAGCCACCGUCAUCCGGGCGGAGCGAGACGCCCUCGAACUCGAGAAUGAAAUACUGAAGGAAAGGCUGAGGGCCGAGCAAGGAGAAUUGGGCGCUGAACGUCGUCGUCGCGAGGAAGGCGUCGCGGCGCUUAGCCACGAGGCUGCGACUCUGCGGCAUGCCGCUCGUCAUCUAAGAGCCGCAGCUUUACACGCGACGGCUUGUCGACGUCGGCGUCGUUGUUCUGUAUGCGUUUAUGCGAAACGCACAUUUGGCGACGUCGAAGACUUUCGCGACGAUGGGAAACUCUUCAGGUGCCUUCAAGCCCCUCUACAGGAUUUACGCACGUGGUUACGGCCCAGUGCAACUGUAACCAACGCCGCGCUUCCUCCGUUGAGAACCAGCUCACCGAUGGACCGAGGAAUCAGUUUCAUUGACGAUUCAAGCAGCAUUUCAGAGGAUGAAGUUUACCCCAAUACUCCGGUUGCUGACGUUUCGCUAUCCUCGACUAAUUCAAACGCGCCGCAAACUGCCAGGGCAUUCUCCUCCGACUCUGGAUUUUCGUCGGAAAUGGGUGAUCGUAGGUCGCGCUCUUACGAAGGUGGCAACAAUAGCCGAAAGAUCAGUGAAUCUUCGAGCAACGAACCCGAAGGUCCAAGGAAUGGUGGAGGGUUCAAUCGUUCUCGAUGGACAUCCUCUUUUCGCAAACUACUAGGGCGCAAAUCGAAGGCCAAACCUACUGCCGAUUAAUCCUCCCAAGUGACCUUUAUAUAAUAAAUAAAUUCUCCUAUGUACACAUACGUUGUAGGUAUGAUAUGUUAUAAAAGGCCUGUGCAAAUUU